AUAUAAUAUUAAUACUCAACAAUAAAUCAACCACGACUGUCGUGCUUAUGUCCACACCUCCAAAUACCCAACGGAUCUUCAUCAACCCGGCAGAGCACCUUCAAAUAUAUAUCUCUCAUUCCAAUGGGUCUUGCUGCCCCUCGAAAGAAGGUCAAACUCUCCCACGACCCCAACAAUACGAAAUGGUCUCGAUCGACGGACGGCUUUGGACAUAAAAUAAUGACAUCCCAGGGUUGGACCCCUGGUAGUUACUUAGGCGCUCGAAAUGCACCUCAUGCCGAUACGUUCACCGUUGCCAGUGCGUCGCACAUAAGAGUGACAUUGAAAGACGAUACCCUUGGCCUCGGGGCUCGCUCUAGAGUAAUGGGAAACGAUGAACCCACCGGGCUCGACGCUUUCCAGGGUCUCUUAGGUCGUCUCAAUGGAAAAAGUGAUACCCAGUUAGAAAAAGAGCAACGCAAGCGAGAUGAUGAUAGACUUGCUAUCUACGCCCAGAAGAAAUACCAAAUGGUUAAUUUUGUGAGCGGUGGCUAUCUCGCUCCGGAGAAGAGCGAAGCUUUUCCAGAAAGUAGGGAUGUGCUCUCCGAGAAGCUGAACGCUGAAGAUCGCCCUACCGAUACGAGAAAUCGCGAGACAAAUAAUGACAUCUCUGAAUUUGAUGAGAAGGCGACUGUUUCAGGAGUUAUCAAGGAGAAGGCCAAAAAGAAAGAUAAGAAGAGAAAGGCUAAACCAAAGAAGAGCACCGAAGACAUAGAAAAUGAUAAACGCGAUUUACCGAGGACAAACAAUAUCAGUGUCGAGGCUGUCUCCGAAACUCCAGUGAUUUCUCGAGAGCAGAGACCAAUGGGGAGGCAUGCUAUACGAGGCCGCCAUAUUCAACAGAAGAAGAGAGCUAUCAUGGAUGACCGAUCUUUGAAUGAAAUUUUCAUGAUCAAGACAUGAUAUCGAAGCAAAGGAAAGGCGACCUAUUAAUACCAAAUAUCUUCGAUCAUGGCGUGGGCGGACUUGUCGACGAGUGCAAAUUCCCAAUAUGAAUCGAGCUGACCGAGUUAGCCGAUUUCUGGGGUAUAAAGACGCUAUGUAUGCAUUUGCGGAUAAAAAUUACAUAUUGUAUAUAUGAGACCGAGUUUAUAUAGUCUGCUUAUAUAGGAGCUAUAAAUGGUUGUUUUAUCCUUUAUUGAUACUUCAGUGAUUACUAUAUUAUGGACAUUGUCAAUCCAAAAUAAAAACAUGGAUGGAUACUCACCACUUCUUCGAAUUUGUGUUCCUCAAAAACCAAACAUACUCUAUGAGCCAAUUGAUAGAUG